AUGAUUUCUUUACAAGACUUUGAUCCACCGACAAUUCCAUUAUGGGCUUAUCACUCGUCAAUCUUAUCAACGCUUAUAAUAUUUAUAUUAUUCUCCGCUAAAAAACCAUCGUCAUAUUUUCAUUACGCAUUCUUAUGGAUCGUAAUGCUGGUUUUUGUAUCGAUUCCAGUGAUUUACAGAUCAAGAUAUAAAACACCAGAUCAAAAUAUAGCCUUACCAGUAAUAAGCAUAACAUUUAAAAUGAUUUUGUGGCUUAAAAAUUGUUUGAGAUCAAAUAUUAAAAAAGACAAACAUGUCGAGUCGUUUGGUAGAACUUUAUUUUAUUGGAGGAAAAAUGUUACGUUCGAACCGACACCCUCGGAUAUUCCAAUAAAAGAACAAAUUAAUGAGAAACUUUUAUUCCGAUUUUUAAUCAUCAUGUUCAAGUGGAUUUUAUUUGAAUUGUCCUUUAAAUUUGUUGAUAAAUUUGGUUAUAAUGUACCAAACGAAAUUUAUUUUUUAAGAUUAUUUAAAUGGUUAUUCAUAAAUGGAAAUCCCCCGUUAACCAUUAUACAAUUCGUUCAUUGUUUGGUAUCUUGUUUUUUGGUUUAUGUUUAUUUAUCAUUAAAUUAUGAUAUUGUACUUUUGAUCUCUUCUUUGAUUUUAAAAUAUCUUUCCAACAAAAAUUCUUUAACGCAAAAGCAAAUUACCAUAAGAGGAUGGUGUACUUCAUUAAUAUUUCACACAAGGCACAUAUUUUAUUAUCCUUAUUUUUCUAUUUCACCAAGAGAACUUUGGAGUUUUCGUUGGCAAGGAGUAUUCAAUGAAACAUUCAAGGAAUUAGGUUAUUCACCUGUUCGUUCGAUUACAAAGAGUCAUACGUUAGGCGUUUUGGCCGCUUUCACUAUAAGUGGCAUAUUACAUGAAUAUACUUUAUUAAUUCAGAUGAACAAAAUUUCCGGCGAACAUAUGUUGUUCUUUUUAUUUCAUGGAUUCAUGUUUUUACUAUGGGAAUCCAUGUUCCAUCCAACAAAAAAUUCUUUAGUCAUUUAUAAAAAAGGAUUAAUGUGGAUUAUUUGGAUGAUUAUUGCUUGUGCUAGUGUACCUUCUUUUGUAGAAGUUUUUACUAGACAUAAUCAGUACGUUAUUCUUUCAGUUUUUACUGAUUAUCAAAAGAACAAUACGAAUGUAGUUUAA